CUUAAUAUCUAUCAAACAUAUUCCACCCCUUUUGCUGUUCUUCUAUGGGAUAGGCUUCCCAUGUCGGAAUUCCAUGCUGGUUAUAUUACGCGAUACUGGAAGGAAACAGGAACUCGAGAUUCAGUUUCUCCAGACCUUGAAUGUUGGAAGCCUCUCACAGAAGUGAACAAAACUUCACUAAUGAGAGUGUGGUGCUUGAAACAGAGUGGUGGCGACAUGUCUGCGUGGUUUUAGUGAGACCGGAAACCAGUAUGAAUGCAACCCUCCCCCCAGCGAGUGCAGAGCGUGUUGGGUGUAGAGGUGGACACAGUGCAGCGCCACGAAGUCAACGACGCCUUCAUCACACUGGCCUAAAGCCCUGCGCUUGCUUCUCUUCGUGUCGGGAGAUGGAGUUGAGCGAGGAGGAGACGGCGCCGCUUAUGAACUGCGAGCGCACAGCGAGUCAGAAGUCCAGCUGUGAGUGCGCCGUGCUGGCGCGAUUAUACUACAGCCCGACGACGAAAACCGGCAGCACGCUCACCAUCCCCGCGGGACACGUAACCGCCGAGAGCGUCUGCAUGCUCGCGGCCAAAACCUGCGGUGUCCUUCCUGUAUUCCACAGCCUCUUUGCUCUUGCAUCAGAGGACCUUUCAUACUGGUACCCACCAACCCAUGUGUUCAAGAGUGAGGAGAGUGUUACUGUCCACUACAGAGUCCGGUUUUUCUUCUCUGGCUGGUUUGGUCAGGGUUCUAAGGCGACUUACCGCUACAGUCUUACCCCAGGGAGAAUCUGUGCUGUGCUGGACUACUGUGUCAUUGACUAUCUCUUUGCUCAGUCCCGGAGCGAUUUCAUCUGCUGCCGUGGCGGUGUGUGUCCACCCCGCAGUGCAGUACAGGAGUGUUUGGGGAUGGCUGUCUUGGAUCUCUGGCAGCAGGCCAAGGAGAUGAACCGCAGUCCACGAGAAGUGUGCAAAACUAUCAGCUAUAAGUCGUGCCUUCCAGAGACGCACCGCGAGGACAUCGAGCGGAUGAGCCGUUUGGUGCGCUACCAGAUCCGCCGGAUGCUGAAGCGCUUCCUGCAGAAGCUGAGCCGCUGUCCGGCCGGGGAACGCAGCCUCAAACUCAAGUACCUGAUGGAGCUGAGCGCCAUGGAACCCAACUAUGGCUCCGAGCAGUUUGCCGUGCGCCAAUCCGGAUGGCAUCAGUGUGCCGACGCGCAGUCCGUCACUGUGGUGAGAGUCACUGGAGAAGGGGGUAUCCAGACACGCGCGGACGACAGCCAGGAGUGGCAGACAUUCUGCGACUUCCCCCAGAUAACGGACGUCAACAUGAAGCGUGUGUGUCAGGAACACCUCGCAGAGGGCCGGGUGGUCACGCUCACCCGCCAGGACGACAGAUGCCUGGAGGUGGAGUUUAGGACCCAGGAGGAGGCGCUGUCCUUUGUGUCCCUAAUUGAUGGCUAUUUCAGACUCACCACAGACUCCAGUCACUAUUUCUGCUCUGAAGUCGCUCCGCCUGGUCUUCUGCAGGAUGUGGAAAACCUCUGCCAUGGGCCUAUCACGUCAGAGUUCGCAGUGCACAAGCUGAAGAAGGCAGGAGCCCAGAAUGGCAUGUGCCUGGUCCGACACAGUCCCCGGGAGUUUGACAAGUACUUCCUCAUGGUGUGCCUACAGACACCUCUCGGGGUCGACUACAGGGACUGCCUGAUAGAGAAGAGUGAGAAGUUUCACCUGGCAGGAGUCCACAGCUCCUUCUACAGUCUGAGAGAGCUGGUCCAGUAUUACCAGCACAACACACUGCUGCUCUCUGACACCCCUGUUAUUCUAGGAAGGUGCUGUCCACCCCAGGCUAAAGAACUCUCCAACCUGGUCAUUGUCCGUAACAGCAGUGUGGCAGAGGCUCCGAGCUCUUCUCCCCAGCAGAGACCCAGACCCAGUCACAUCCAGUUCCACAUGAUCAGACACGAGGACCUCGUUUGGGGUGAGAGUUUAGGGCAGGGCUCCUUCACACACGUCUAUCGAGGGGCCAAGAAAGACCAGCGUGAUACAGAAACACACACCACAGAAGUGCUUCUGAAGGUCCUGGAUGCAGAGCACAAGAACAGCUGGGAGUCUUUCUUCGAAGCAGCGAGUUUGAUGAGCCAGAUUUCCCAUAAGCACUUGCUGCUGGUCUACGGGGUCAGUGUCCACAAAUCCAAAAACGUCAUGGUCCAGGAGUUCGUGAAGCAUGGUGCUCUGGACCUGUACCUGAAGAGGUCGGCCGUGUCGCUUAGCUGGAAGCUGGAUGUGGCCAAGCAGCUUGCCUGCACACUCAACUUCCUGGAGGAGAAGAACAUUGUGCAUGGCAACAUCUGCGCAAAGAACCUGCUUCUGGCCCGCGAGGGAGACCCCAACUCAGACACCUCCCCCUUCAUCAAGCUGAGUGAUCCCGGGAUCGGUGUAGCCUUGCUGGGCAAAGAGGUGGUUCUAGACAGAAUCCCGUGGGUAGCCCCAGAAGUGCUGGAGACCCUGGAGCUGGGGCAGCAGUGUGAUAAAUGGAGCUUUGGCGCGACUCUCUGGGAGAUCUUUAACGGAGGGGAGGUUCCUCUACACAGACUCGACCCCAUACAGAAGCAGCAGUUCUACGAGUGUCACUCUCAGCUGCCAUGUUUGGAGUGGACUGAACUGGCUGAUCUGAUAUCCCAGUGCAUGCAGUAUCAGCCCGAGCUGCGACCUUCGUCCCGUGCAAUCAUACGCCACCUAAACAGCCUCAUCACCUCAGAUUAUGAGAUUCUGCAUGCAUCCGGCACACUGCCUGAGAGAGCCGGCCUGUGGGGAGGACUCAGCAUGCCCAAACAGCAGCAACAGCACGACGUGUUUGAGGAGCGCCACCUGCGGUUUAUUUCUCCUCUGGGGAAGGGUAACUUUGGCAGCGUGGAACUGUGUCGCUACGACCCACUGGGGGACAACACAGGGGAGUUAGUGGCAGUCAAACAGCUUCAGCCUAACAAACAGGCCAACAUGGUCGACUUCCAGAAGGAGAUCCAGACCAUUAGCUCACUGCACUGUGACUACAUCGUCAAAUACAGAGGCAUCUGCUACAGCGCGGGUCGUCUGAGUAUGAGACUGGUGAUGGAGUACCUGCCAUACGGCACUCUGAUUGGCUACAUGGAGAAGAACAAACGCAACAUAAACAACAGGAGACUACUGUUGUUUGCCUCACAGAUCUGUAAGGGAAUGGAGUAUCUCCAGAGUCUGCGUUAUGUACACAGGGAUCUGGCAGCUCGAAACAUUCUGGUAGCAAGUGACACACUGGUGAAGAUUGCAGAUUUUGGCCUGACAAAGAUCAUCCCGUUUGAUAAGGAGUAUUACAGAGUGACCAAGUCUGGAGAAAGCCCCAUCUUCUGGUAUGCUCCAGAGUCGAUAUCGGAGUAUAUAUUUUCCCAUAAGUCAGAUGUGUGGAGUUUUGGCGUUGUUCUGCACGAGUUGUUUUCAUUUUGUGAAUUGAGCCGGAACCCAAAAAGGCUUUCCCUGCAGCAGCUGGGGGCCGACUUGCGAGGCCCCAUGAUGGCCGUUCAACUCGUCAACGUUCUGAAGGACAACUGGAGGUUACCCUCUCCACCACUGUGCCCGCCGAAGGUGUACAGUAUGAUGCUACAGUGCUGGUCCCUCAACAGUGAAGACAGACCUACAUUCUGCCAGCUACAGGACCUGAUUGAGAGCAGCAUACAAGACGAAAGAGAAGGAUCUAAAGGAUGAAGCUAUGUCUUAAAAAGCAACGUGGACAUACACGUGACAAUCCGACAUUUACUUUUUUUACGGAGUUUAGCAGACGCUCUUUUCCAGAGCGACUUACAUAAGUGCUUCGUCAUUUACGCAUAGAACACAUCCUAGCCAGUGCAGCAGGUCAGUGGUGUUCAGUGGAGUUUUUAGGGCUUUUAGCUCAUUUCCACUCUUCACAUCAACAAGCUUCCCCAAUAACACUCUGUUCUUAGCAGUUUCUUAAUAGAGUUGCAAAGCAAACACCCCUCAGUUAUGAAGUGAAACUGAAUCUCAUAUGAUAGGAGAAUAUUAUAUGAAUAUUAGAAUAUUAAACUAUUUUGUUUAUAUUUUCAUUUUUUAUAUUAUUUUGUGUACCCAGCUAUUCUCAUUGUAUAUGCAUAACGUUUUUAACCUCUUUAUGAGGGUAAACAGCAACAAAAUUUGCUUCAUGCAAAAUAAACAGCUUUGUUUUACA